ACUUUUCACUGACAUUUGGCGUUGGAGGUUAUAAUUGCAUGUGUUUUGUUUACAUCUGUAAUCGGAGUUUAAAGAAUCCACAGAAAUGGCAAAUAAAAGAAAUAAAAGUAAUGACAAGAAGAAGAAAAUAGCCGUGGUAUUUGACGAAGCCAAAAGAAAAGACUUUUUGUGCGGGUUCCGCAAAAGAAAACUGGAACGUAAAAAGAAAGCGCAAGAAGAAAUUCAAAGAAUGCUGAAGGAAGAGAAAAGGCGGAUCAAACAGGAGAACAAAGAAUCAUACAAGAAGCUCAUUGUGUCAUCUCGUCCAAUCCCAGAUUUAGAACAAAUACUUCAAGAGGAAUAUGAAGAUGAUGAUGUUAAUGUUAAGAUAGUGGAACUCUCCUCAGAUACUCUCCAAAAGAAGGAUAUUAUCAUUGGUGAGAACAGACCUAGAGUAGCUGUAGAAAAAAAGAUUAAGGUAAAGAAAGAAAAUACUAAUUUACAUGAAGUUCCUGGAAUGGCUUCGGAAGUAGAAAGUGAAGAAGAGCCAGAAUCAGAGGAAGAUGAUAAAACGCCGAAAACGAAAAGGGAAGUCAAGAAAAUACUUAAAAAACAAGCAACCAAAAAAUUACAGAAGAGUAAAGUAUUCCAAAUGAAAACUAAAUUAGAUAGAAUACAGAAUAAAAAGACUCACAAGAAGAAAGCAAAAACUGAACAGAGAAAUGAUAAGUCGAAAAGGAAGAUCAAUAAAAGGAAACAUUAAAUGGAAUAUUUUAA